AUGCCGUGGGGGACCUCAGCCCUUCCUCUGUUGUAUUUGGGGUUAAUUCCUCCACUUUUGGUUGUUAUGAAGACAACAACAGUAGAAGACAAUCUAUGCAGUACAGUCCCUUGUGUGUUUGAAUUUCGCAAGGCAUCUCCCAGAAAUCCCAUGACUGUGCACUACAGGCAUAAUGAGAACAUCAGCUUGCAUGCAGAUACCAGGCAGCCCCGAGCCCCCAUGGGUGAUCUCUCCACAGAGGAGGUGGAAGCCUGCAUCCUGCUGACCCGAGACAUGCUUGGAAAAGAAAACAUGACCUACUUGCUCUAUGUAGGUGUAGGAGAUCAGAAAGACCUGACCCAAAAGCCAGAGCUUCACAUCCCAGAAAGUGGUGUGGCUGGAGAGCCUGCAACUUUGACCUGUGCCAUCCAAGGCAUCUGCCAAGAACCCAAAGUCCUUUCUGUCUCCUGGAAUGGGCCUGACAUGUCUUCCAACACAAAUGUCUCAAUCAACUCCUCUUCAGAGAUGUCCACCUUCAGAUGCCACUUAAGUCUAUCCCUAGAUAACCUGGUCAGCCGUAAAUCGGUCAAACUACGACUGGUCUCACCUGCUAGGCUGCUCAACUACUCCUGUUUAUUGAAGAGGACACUAGCAUGUAGUUGUUCCUUCCAUGGGAUCCCCACACCCUCUGUGCAGUGGUGGGUUGGAGGAGUCCCUGUGAGUGCAAAAAGCAUAGAUACCAUCCUGCGCAUGACCUCCACCACACUGGAACCCUGGACCAACAGCACCAUCCACCUCCUAUGGGAACCAGAAAUCAUAAGGAGACUACGCUGUGAGGGGAGGAACCAAUAUGGAGUUCAUGCUUCCAGAAUUUUCCUGAUACCAGAUAAAAGCUCCAUUUCCAGUGUCUUCCUGAGAGGGCUAAUCCAGGGCAUUGUGUACGGGACAAUAGCAUCUUCUUUACUCUUUUUCUUCCUUGUUGUCCUGGCAAUGAAGAUGCUUAAUUGGUGGGAGGAGAAUCAAACUUUCAAGAACAAAGAAGCCCCGGCCCUCAAGAAACCAGUUUCAGGAGGAGCCAAAACGGAAGUCUGA